AUGGAGGUCCCUGGUCGAACACAAGACGCCUCACCUGAUGAUAGGAUGAGAAUGUCUUUUAGUGGAGACGAAACGGUAUUUUGUCAACCAUGUAGUAGUGACGGCGAUACAAUGGUUGCCACAGGAUACUGUCAAAAUUGUAACGAGUGUUUAUGUGCAGUUUGUCUAAAAGUCCACCGCAAGCAAGCCGUGUCAAGGAAUCAUAUUAUUCUGGAUGGUGACAAUAUGCCUAAAGUAACACUUCCGGUUGUAACCCAAAAUGCUUGCUCCGAUAUAUGUACCAAACACGAAAAUGAAAUAGUUAAAUAUUUCUGCAUCUCACAUGAUGCGGUGGGUUGUGGAGAUUGUAUGAUCAUUGACCACAAGUCCUGUAAAAUUGAUCGUAUACAAGAUAUAUCUACAGAAUAUUUCAAUGGCACUGAACACCAUAAUAUUCUUAAGAAGGUAGAGGCGUUUGUUAAAGAAAUUGAUGAAAUAAAAAGGGGGCUACAAGCCAGCGAAGGAAACGUGAGACAAGCCUAUACACAAGCAAUUAAAGAUGUCAAAGCAUUCAAGAAAGAACUCGUCGAUUAUCUUAACAAGGCAGAAAGUGAAAUGCUUGAAAUGAUAAACGAAAGGAAAAAGAAGAAUGAGAUGCUGAUACAGGAACUACAGCAAGCAGAAAGUCGUAUUGGUAGAAAUAUUAGAGAAAUACAGACGAAAUUACAGCUACAGGUAAACCAAGCGAAUGAGUUGUUUGUUGAGGCAAAACAAGUUAAGGCAAAACUUAACUCCAUUAAUGAAAAUCUAAAUAGGUUGAAAAAAGACAUCAGUAUUGAUGAAUAUACGUUUCAACGUUCUUCUUCCAUGGAGCAAAUGGUCAAGUCUUGUGUACCGCUCGGUGACAUAGUUGAUGGAUCAAAGCAAAAGAUCGAACACAUGGCAUCAAAACACGAUUGUCUUGUUUCUGGCAAAGAAGUAGCAGAUCACACUGGUUUAGACAGGAAGAGAAUUUCUGAAAUGGAUGCUUAUUUUGAUUGCGAGAUUAAUAUUAAAAUACAAGAUGAUGCUAACGACUGCUAUAUUAUAGAUUGUGCAUUAAUUUGCCCAAGUCAGAUUAUAGUAAUUGAUGGGAACAAUAAAUGUGUUAAAUUAGUUGAUGUCAGUAACAAAAAAGUUUCAAAGUACAAUCUUAAGCAUUGUCCCACUGGUGUAGCAGUAUUAAAUCCCAAUCUGGUCGCUGUGACGUUUCCUGAUGAUAAGAAGAUACAAUUUUUCACAAUAACAACAGGUAAUAAUAUCAUUGAAAGUCACAUGAUUAACGUUCAUACAGGUUUUCAUAAAAUUGCAAUCCAUGAAGAUAAGAUUAUUGGUAUAACCAACAAGAGUGUUGAUAUUAUGAACAUGAAGGGACAACUGAUAAAAUCUCUAUCUCAUCCAAAUAUAGCACUGUUAACGGAUAUUGCUGUCGUACCAAGUUCACAUAUGUUUUAUGUCAGUCAUUGUUCAUUGGGGUAUGAUGUUCUUUUAAAAUUCGAUGUUUAUGGUAAUCUGGUAGCAACAUACGAGGACAACGAUCCGGUAGAUGCGAGAGGAUUAGAAGUAACAAGAGACGGUACAGUGCUAGUGUGUAACUGGGCUGGAGAUGGGAGUAUUCUUAUGAUUACUCCUGACUGUAAAAAGAUCAAAGAACUCUUGAAGAAGGAUGGACAUUAUUUAUUGCAUUAUUUACCAGGUAAGUAA